UGAUAUUGUAGGAACCAGCUCAAAAUUUGUUUCCUUUCAGUUUUCUUUGCGUUCUUCAAUGUAUGUUUUAGUUCAAAUAUCUACCAUCUUAGAUCAAAGAUUUGUUGUACAUGUAGUACAGUGAAACAAUACUGAAGAAUAUAAAAGACAUGUACAUAAAGAUAAGCUACGGGCUAACAUAGAUGACAUAAAUGACUAAGAAAGGAAAUUCUGCGAUGAAGCCCAAUCGCCAAAAAAGGAACAGUAUGGAUUCAAGGAAAAUUGAAAAUUCCAAGGUGCACAAAGGUCCUACAACGUCAUCACGGAUUAUCAGUCUUCCCUUUAUCCACCCUGUGAACCUGGCCCCACCCUCAGGUCAUACCAUGCCAUCUAUUCCCCAACCCAGUCAGCAAGGGGUCAUACAUACGCACAAGCCGCCAUGUAACACAUACAAGAGCCCUACAACAGGCAGUAGUCACACAGGUGGCUCAAGACAUCGUCAUGGCAACUCAGAACAAAAGUCCUUCCAGACUCAUUUCACAGCUCAUGACAACAGACGGAGUAAACGCCAAAGCAUAGGCUCAGUUACAGUAAAUUCUGAGAAACUCGUAGCAACAGUAGCUCCAACCACCACAUUACCACAACUUGGUGGCAGCGACAACAGAAACACAUCCAAUAAAAUAACAGCAGACAACAGCAAUGCCCUCCCUAAGCUACGAGAGACCCAGGAUACCCCAGGGGGACGUAGCGGUGGUCCCUCUAGAGGGGAAGGAAAGAUAAAGAUUGAUCAAGAUGGAAAUAAGCUACCAUUAACACCACAAGAUGCCUUGAAACUGUAUAAAGACAGGCUGACUGUGUUUGAACAGACAGAAAUCCUGGACUAUCCUGAGAUCUGGUACCUUGGGCUUGAGUGCAAGAAGGUGGAGGGUUCCCAGGGGGCUUCACAGAACAAUGGCUAUGAUGAUGAGCAAGGGUCAUAUAUCAAGGUUUAUGGCGAUCAUUUAGUAUACAGAUAUGAGAUACUGGACUUGCUAGGCAAGGGUUCCUUUGGGCAAGUUGUCAAAGCUCACGACCAUAAAACAGACCAACAAGUCGCCAUUAAACUUAUAAGGAACAAGAAAAGGUUCCACCACCAGGCCCUGGUUGAAGUAAAGAUCCUUGAUGCCCUGAGGCGAAAAGACAAAGACAACCAGCAUCAGAUCAUACAUAUGGGAGAAUACUUCUACUUCCGCAACCAUCUCUGUAUCACCUUUGAACUGAUGGGGAUGAAUCUCUAUGAGUUAAUAAAGAAGAACAACUUCCAGGGCUUCAGUUUAGCACUGAUCAGGAGGUUUGCCUACUCACUACUGCAAUGUCUCAAGGUGCUGCAUAAAGACAAGAUAAUCCAUUGUGAUCUCAAACCAGAAAAUAUUUUACUACGGCAACGUGGGCAAAGUUCAAUCAAAGUGAUCGAUUUUGGUUCCAGUUGCUAUGAACAUCAAAGAGUUUACACAUACAUUCAGAGCAGAUUUUACCGAUCACCCGAGGUCAUACUGGGAAUGUCAUAUAGCAUGCCAAUAGAUAUGUGGAGUUUUGGGUGCAUCCUAUCUGAGCUUUACACUGGUUACCCUCUGUUCCCAGGGGAGAAUGAAGUGGAACAGCUCUCAUGUAUAAUGGAAGUCUUGGGAAUGCCAUCACCGGAGAUUCUUGAGACUUCAUCAAGGAAACGUUUAUUUUUUGACUCUAAGGGGUCUCCAAGGUGCAUAACAAACAGUAAGGGGAAGAAAAGAAGACCUGGCUCAAAAGAUCUUGCUCAAGCCAUCCGAACGAGUGAUGCACAUUUUCUAGACUUUGUUAAACGAUGCUUAGAAUGGGACCCCAGUAAGAGGAUGACUCCAGAUGAGGCACUGCAGCAUGACUGGAUACGAGAGGGACUUGUACAAAAGCCAGCUAAAGAUAGCAAGUCACGCCAGAGAAGGGAUCCUGAGGAGUCAAAGCCAGCAGUUACUAGUCAACAUCCAGAUCCCUAUAAAACAGCUGCACAACCCCCUGUCAAAGAGAAAACUCGGACGGAAGAGUGGAAACUCUCAAUGAGGAAGCAGAGUGCAAAGCACAAAGAGAGGCUUCAACCCAUAGGGGCAGAUAAUCCCACAACACAUGAAGAAUACUCACAAGUGAGUACCCAGAACACAGGAUGCAAUAAAAAAUACAGCUCAGACUCUACCAAACAUGACAGUCACAAUAGCUAUACAGCUACUCAACAUUCACAGAACAUGGAUAGUGACUCUGCCAAUAGACUUCCACCAAUCAAGAAGCUAUCGUGAUCUUAAAGUGCAGCAUGUUAUCCGCAGUGUUUCUAGUAUUUCCAGUCAAUUUCUUGAAAAUUAAAGCAGUGUUUGUUUAAUGAUGGUUACAUUACAUAUUGACAACUAUUUUUGUGAAAUCUAGCUGCUCUGUAAGAAGCUUUAAGAGUUAAGGAGUUUAUCAUUUAGAAAUUCAAGACUGGAAAUAUUAACACCUCUGCUGCUAACAUGGUAGGAAUGGGGAAUGAAAAAUCACACAUAUCACCAAAUAUUGCUCAAACUUGGAUGCAUCAAAAAUGACAAAUCAAGUAAUUCAAGGACUCGUUCAUUCUCUAAAUACUAGGCUCAUAACUGACGUUUAAUCAGAUGGAAGGAAUGAAAGGCCUGGUCAGAAUAUCAAUGUAUUCUAGUGAAAGUAAUUAAGAAUAAGGCAAACUUCUUUUAAAACCUACAUGUUUAUAUCUCUCCAAAAUAAAGUUACUGCAUAAUGGUACAUUGCUGUCUGACCUGAGCCCUCAAGCCUAUAGCUAACCUUUUCAGAGGAUGAAUCAGUAUUGGAACUUUAUUAUUUUUCAUUAGCUUCAAUGCUAUAUUUGGUAAAUGGGAUUUAGCCAUACAUCUAGCCAUAAAUGUGCAAUAUAUUUAAUAUUACUCACAGUGAAGCAAGGUUAAGUCGGGGCUGACCAAGUCUAUGUGGCAAAAAUGUGGAGUUACAAGCCUUUAAGUAUACAAGCCUUUAAGGUGAGCUGUAAUUGGUUCCUCUUUGGCUUACUUUUAGGCAAUCUAUGUUUGGAUUUGGGAAUUGGGAAUUGCACUUAAAUGGUGAAGGGAUGGUGAAUUGCACUCUAAUGUAGAAGCAAUUGGGAAUUGUACUUGAAUCUUGAAGAAACUUGGUAUCGCACCCAAAUGAACAUUAAAAUAUUUGUCAUUUCUAAGCCCUCGCGUCAGAAUUGUAAAAUUCAGAUAUUUGCAACAUAAAAUUUGAAAAAAACUGGGGAGAGACAUUAAGGAAGCCCAGAAGCAUUUUUGUCCCUUGGUUAAUCCUGGGUGACUGGAUCACACUGUGGGUGAUAAUAAAAUAAAUAAUAAAGUAUAGGACUACGUAAUUAUCAGCUAGUCUGAACAAAGUAUAUUUUUAUCAAAUACACAAGUAGUGUUAUAAUAUUCAAAUGUAAUAGUUUUGAAAGGUUGUUUUAAGUAUUUGUUUUUAAUUUAUUAAAGCUUGUUUUAUCUCAUUGACUCGUAAUAACUUUAAAAGUUUGGUUCAAGGAAAGAUCUGAAGAGUGCUGUGUAUAUGUAUGGCAUACAGCAGUUGCGUAUAUGUAUGACAUACAUCAUCUUUGUAUAUGUAUGACAUACACCAUCUUUGUACAUGUAGGACACAGCACCUUUGAACAUAUUUGAUAUACAGCGUUUUUGUACAUGUAUGACAUACAGCAUCUUUGUACAUGUAUGACAUAUCAUCUUUGAACAUAUCUGAUAUACAGCGUUUUUGUACAUGUAUUUAUAAGUACUUUGUACAAGUACCAUAAUCCACUACUAUGAGGCAUUCACUAACUACAGAAUUAAUUUCAGAAAUGUAUGCAUAAAUACAGUAUUACAAAACAGUUACAUGAUAUUUCCAAUGUAGAUAGCGCUUACAUUUUCUGGAAAUAAGAUCACUCAACUGAUUUUUAUUAGGAUUUAUUAGUUUCUAAUUUUGUGAAAUAUUUUAGUCUACUUGGAGUUGACAUGUUUUUACAUGGAACCAGAAAUAUUGUGAAAUUCAGUCACCAUGUACAUAAAUUAACACAAUGUACAAAUAUUCAUCGCAAAUUGAAUAGAAAGUUCUGUAAAACCUCCCUGUAAAGAACACCUCUCUACAAGGAACUAUUUCAGCCAGUACAGAGAACAUUCUC